GAAGAACCAAUGGCCUUUAAAUCUGUUCUUUUUGUUAGCCUUUUGAUUGCUGCCAUGGCAGCCCCAAUUGCUGAAGCUCAACUUGGGCUUAUCAGUGGUCUCCUUGGUUUGAUCCGCAUCCAAGGGACUGUGUUUUGCACUGCUAAUGGCAACAUGGGUGUCAAUGGCACUGCCACCCCAAUUUUCCCAAAUGCUCUGGUGCAACUGAGAUGUGGGAAUGGAAAUGUUGUUUCUACUUCAACAACCAAUGGAUCCGGAAUAUUUUCCAUACUCCUGGACCCCAUUCAAUUUCUGCUGUCUUCCCUACUGUCCAGCUGCAACCUUGUCGUCAACACGCCUCUUGCCUCCUGCAACGCAAGCCUGCCAUCGAUUGGAGGACUGCUAUCGCCCUUACAGUUCAUCGGAAACACCCUUGCGGGGCUCCUGAAUGUUGCCAACAUAAUUCCAGCAGGGUUCCAAUUCCUUCCUAACCUUUAGUAAUGUACUAAAGGGGGCUGAUUUGGCUACAGCAUAUUUAAGUUUCAACAAAUAAGGUCUAAUUGUGAUAUAUAUAUAUAUCAUAU